AUGGAUAAAACACCGGCUCCCAUAUUUCGAAAGCGCGGCGCUGUUCCUCCGUCUUCUGCGAUACCCUCCUCUUCUCCUGCCUUCGGCACGCCUGUCCAUCCUCUCAAGCCUUUCGCUGUCAAUGCCGCCAAGGCUGCUAUAUUACCCAUAAUUCUUCCUCCGCCGACACUUCGACCGCUCGCAUUUCGUACAUUCACAAAGAAGCAUUCACUAACACUGACAUCUUCCGCUCUGCAAGAACUUGCUGCUUUCAUCGGAAGGCAUUGCGGCUCCGGAUGGCGUGAAGAAGGUCUGGCGGAGCGGGUGCUUGAGGAGGUUGCGCGAAGCUGGAAGAAUCGAAAUGGGGGUGUCAUUGUCGAUGGUGCGAGCAAAGAGCUCCAAGAGAUUCUCAAAACUCUCGAGGGCAACAUGAGCGGUGGCAGGAUUACUGGCCAGGCCAAAGGACUCCCCCGCGGAGACAGCAUGCUCGAUCUUAAAGAGAACGAUACCUUACACACACGAUUAGGAUUAAGACCAGCAGAAAUCACGAGGGAGGAUAGCAACACAAGUUUCGGAAUAUCAGGACUUGGAGUGAACGAAGAGCAAGAGGAGACGGAGGCAAACGACCCUCGCGCAUGGCUGAAGGUCAUAGGUGCUUAUGAGCAACCAAGAUUCAUAUACAAUGUCGCUAAGAAACACUUUGAGAAGGAUGGCUCAACGCCUUCGUUACUGCCAUCAGCAUCGCACAAGACCGCCGUCUUCCGUAACCGCUACAACGUUAUUCACCAACGUCUUCUCCGCAACGAAUCAUUCCAAUCCUCAGCUGUCUCCUCCUCUCGGAAACGCACCCUCGAACGUUCCCUAUCAAGUCAGCAGUCACUUAAACUUACACCGAUUGCCAACCUUCUUGGUCGUCAUGGCAGCAGCCACAUGUUGCUUGGUCUCCUAGUUUUGCUUCCUACCGGCGACCUUGCAAUUAGCGACUUGACCGGUACCAUUGCCCUGGACCUCUCUCAGGCUGUUGCUAUUCCCGACGAUUCAGCAUGGUUUUGCCCCGGUAUGAUUGUGCUUGUGGAUGGUGUCUACGAAGAGGAAGACGAAUCGGUAGGCAAAGGUCUCGGCGGCAGCAGUGGUGUUGGCGGUACUUUGGGCGGUCGUUUUCAAGGCUUCUUUAUUGGCCAACCCCCGUGUGAGCGGCGCAAAGCGACUUUGGGCAUCAGCGGACCCGAUGGCGGCCAGGAGCAAACUAUAGGAGGUGGCUUUGGCUGGAUCGAUUUCCUAGGUGUUGGCAGUGAACGUGCCCUUGGCACCAAGAUGCGCAGGCUCGAGAACCGUCUCCUCCGAACCAGAGCAGAAGAAGACGAAACACCAUCUCGGGGACGUGUGGUCAUUAUAGGCGAGUUGAACCUCGACCAACCCCGUACUCUUCAAGCCUUGCGCAAGAUUCUUUCCACAUAUGCUUCUGAGCCAGAGGGUUCAACACCACUGACAUUUGUGUUUAUGGGCAACUUCACUCAACAUGCUGUCCUCGCUCGUGGAGGCAGUGGUGGCAGUAUCGAAUACAAGGAAUACUUUGACGCCUUGGCUUCAACCUUGGGUGACUUCCCGACCCUUCUUCAGUCGUCCACCUUUGUCUUUGUGCCCGGAGACAACGAUGGAUGGGUAUCUUCAUUCACAGCUGGCGCCUCUGUACCCUUGCCCCGAAAGCAAGUACCAGACAUGUUCACAUCAAGAAUCCGACGUGCUUUUGCAGCAGCCAACGCCGAAACAGGAGGAAAGUCAGACGGCAAAGCUGUUUGGACAUCAAAUCCCAGCCGAAUCAGUCUGUUCGGCCCCAACCACGAGCUUGUACUUUUCAGAGACGAUGUAUCCGCCCGCCUGCGCCGAGCCUCUGUCCGUCUAAAGCCAAAGGUCAACGACUCCAACGCAGAAGAAACACAAGAUUCAAGCAUUAACCCUCCUGAAGAUGUUCAAGCUAUGGAUAUCGACGCUGCUCAUCAUGAUGCUCCUACCACCACUGCUGCAGGCUCGCCCGCCACUCCUCUCGUUCCGCAUGACACCCAUGCCGCUCAGAAAUUGGUGAAAACUAUCCUCGACCAGGGCUACCUCGCUCCAUUCCGCCAGUCCAUUCGCCCAGUGCACUGGGACUAUUCCUCGUCACUGCACAUAUACCCUCUACCCACGGCCAUGGUACUUCUCGACACAACAGCGCCUCCAUUCUGUAUCACGUAUGAAGGGUGCCAUGUCAUGAACCCAGGCAGUGUGCUUGUACCAGGACGCAAGGGCGUUGCUCGGUGGGUUGAGUAUGAGGUUGGUCGCUUGGGCAGGUUACGGGAGUGCACUGUGUAG